CGUGUUACGGUGACAGUGGGAUGAGCAAAGUGGUACAGGACACGAGAUGUGGUCACCACGAUCAGGCUUCUUAUCAGGCCGAUCUUUCUUCUCCAAGCAGGACCAUGUGCGUAACUUAAGGAAACAUGUGACACAAGAUAAUAAAGAAACGUGAAACAGGGACAUUUCUGCUUUUUUUACUAUGUUCAUUCGUGAAUCGUACGGUGGCAUCAUGAACCGUUUGUUUACGUUGGUGUUCGUGCUGAAUUCGACUGACCAACGAUGGACACGCUGAUAUCAUGAUUCAAAAGUGUUUCUGACUGGUCAGGAUUACUGGAUCGUGAGGCUUAAUUUUCAACAAAUAAAUCACAAUGGCGUCAAAGAAGACGAGACAAAACCAUUCUAUACAGCACUUACUAGAGCUGCCAAGCAACAGAGAGACAAAAUUGCCGUUAUAUUCUGUGAAGGAGUCAACCCAAACGCCACUCAUUCCAACCCCCCGACAGGUCCCGGUAACUGUGCUGCAUCCCUCGCCGAAAAAGUUGUAUCUGAGCAAAACCCGGCAAAGUGGUCUCACGGACAAUUUGCAUCAGGAUCUCUUACGAACGGUCAACCCAACUGCACGCCAGCAAGCGUCGACCCACACAAGGCGGGACUAUCCCCGCCAAAUCAUGAACAAGGUGGAUGAUCGAGUCAGAUCGCCAGGUACAUCACGAUGUUUAACUACCACUAUGUCGCUCUCAAUUUCACCCUCGAGCCCUGAAGAACCUGUCACGCUGGUGGAACUGACCAGCGUGCCAGGUGGCCAGAAUGCGAUGGCUCAUCUCAAAAAACGGAAGCUGGAAGCAGAAUCUGUCAGCCCAAAUCCUAAGCAACCACAGCAGCCACAACAACAGCCGCAUUAUCAACAACAGCAACCCUUGAUCAACAAGAAGGCUGUUCAAGCGAUCAUUCCGCAAGAAAUGGAGACAGCUGAUGCUGCUGCUAAACGAAGGAGGAAAAGCGUCCGCGAUGAAGAAACGCGCAAAUCGCUCGAAGCCAGUGAUUCGAGCAAGAGUAUACCGUUACCUCAAAAGAAGCGAGCAUUCGCUGCUGGAAAUUCAGGUAGCCCAGCGAGAAAGUCUAGCAAACACUCGGAAGAACCCGAAGACGAUGAGACUUUAAUCAGAGAAACCGAAGCUGCUUUGAAAAGCCUGUCUGGAAGUUGGCCUGGUCCGAGAGGAUCCUUAUAUCAGCGAGGUAAUUCCGACGAGGACAAAUAUGAGUCGAAUUUUGAAAACCUGUUUGAAGAGAAAAAAGAUAACCCUAAACUGUCGCCUUCCUCUAUGUCCACUUCUUCAACCACUAGCAAUGACGCAGGUUGUUCCUUGAAAGACGUGAUAUCGUUCCGCGGUCAGCAAGAUCGUAACAGCAAAUCCCAGCAACAGUUGAAGCAACAAGAUAUGAAGCAACAACAGCACCCGAACAAAGCGAAAAAGGAUUUAGACAGUUUGUUAAAAACGGAAAGUGAAUGCGGCAUUAUCCAAAACCAAGUAAAUAACGUGAAUCCAAACGAAUCAGGUAAAAUCAGGCCAGUGCCGAUGAGAUCCUUAUCCAAUAAAGACAGGAAUGACAGGAAUAUAAUCGGUACUCACGUGGACAGUCAAGGUCGGCAGACUGACAAGUAUUCUAGAUACGAUCCACCCGAUUUCAACGAACUUGUCGACGAUUCCUCCAACGAAUUAGAGAUCGACAUGUCGGAUCCAGCUGCCGAGAAAGACGAAGCUGACAGGGACAAGCUGAACGAGAGGGACAGGGAUCGAACAUGUAGAAACGGCCAAUCGCCACAAAAUUCUAGACAACAGCAACAUCAAAACCAAUUAUAUUCAAAUUACCACAGGCACUAUAACGAGAACAGUAUGAAGGUUUCGCCAACCGCGACUACCACCUCCUCUUCUUCACCACCGUCGAAUUCUCCGUUCUCUGCAACGUCGGCGUUUAGACCACCCAAUACGGACCACGCGAAAGCGACUGGCCGCGGUACACCGUCAGUGGCCGUGGCUUCGACAGCGAUACCACCUAUCGGUCCGUACCCAGCAUCCGCUACGUUUGUCGGUUACCCCACUGCUGGUCCAGGACCAACGAUGCCAACACCCCAACCUGUUACGGGAAUCUCGACCACCUCGGAGGACAAGCAUUCUUCCUCUGUAUCGUUAUUACAAUUGAAAUCGUCAAAGGAGGAGGUUCAUCAUGUAACGAGGCACGAGGUUACACCGAACUCGAUGACAGGCAACAAAAGUCCUACCAGUGGCCUUCCUGCUAUCACCAGUCCCGAUUCCUCGAAACAGUAUACGAUUCUCCAACCAGCUGGUAUCGGGUCGAGGGCAGCCAGUGCCAUUCAGGACAUAGCCAGAGAGGGAGUGGUUAGUGUAACGGCUGUUAGCAGUUGUAGCACGACCAACGGCAAUACGGCCAAUGGCAUCAACAGUAAUAGCAAUGGAACUUGUACUAAUAACAUACCUAACAAAAGUACGAACAACAAUAGUAGUGGUAACGCGAACAAUACUGCCAAUCCGGUCAGCAAUGGCAACGGGAACAAUGUCACGAAUAGUAUCGCUAUCACCGCUAUUUCAACCAGUACGACGACGUCUAGUCCAACGACUGGUGCUGAUGCGACAUCAGGAAGUGGAACUGGUCAGCAAGAAACUGUUAUGAAAAUGGCAGAAAGGCCCGUUACCUUUGAUGGCACCAGACCGGGAAUGUCCAUGUCUCCGUCCAGUCUUAACAGAGAGGGCAACAAGUGCCCGACCCCAGGCUGCACGGGGCAGGGUCACGUGACCGGACUCUAUUCUCACCACCGCAGCCUAUCCGGUUGUCCACGGAAGGAUAAACUAACGCCUGAGAUUCUGGCGAUGCAUGAGACUAUUUUGAAAUGCCCGACGCCUGGUUGCAACGGCCGUGGCCAUGUCAGCUCGAAUCGGAACACGCACAGGAGCCUAUCCGGAUGUCCCAUUGCCGCGGCCAAUAAGCAGGCUGCACGCGAGGCACGACACAAGGCUCAAGUGUCCGGAAUUCCUCCAGAAUACAUCAGUACGAACCUGUUGCCGCCGUCGAUGGAUAGCAAGAGCUACUCCCAGUACGGGUCCACGGCGCAGGACACAAAACCGGUGCUAAGCAGCCUGACCUAUGACUACUACACGACAACGAAAAGCACGGGUAUCAACGUGAAACCUCCGAAAACGCCGGAGGAGAAUCCCUCAUCCCGUACGACCAAGGUAGUCCCUAAAACUGAAAAUAUGACGCCGAGUGGCAGUUGCUGCAACACCCUGCCAUCCAGAGGUCAAAACACGACCGACUUACUGGUACCAAAGACGGAAGAAACUGCUUCCUGUCGAGUGAAUUCACCGCCACCACCUCCACCACCCACAGUACGGCCAACGUACGACUCGUACAUGAAUCAGGAUUCGAACUCUUCGUCGAUGUCCUCGAUGGACGCCAUGGGGUCUAGAGGAUCUAUUGGCCCGACGAUACAUCAUCCUACUCAGCAUCCGACGCAUCACGUGCUGCCUAUGCAGCCCACAGUCGCAUAUCCCAUGCCAAUGGUCGAGGAUACGAGGAUGAGUCAUCAGAUGUCCCAGAGAUCUCCGUACGAGCCAUCAGCUAUGAUGGCCGCAGCGGCGGCAGCUGCUGCUGCGGCCACCACCAGCGAGGAACUUUAUCAUCACAGAUCGGCAGAGCACGCGAGAGCCUACAUGCAUCCUGGAGCGAGCAAUAUAGCGCGACCAGUUGUCACUUAUUCCAACGAGAUCGCAACCGGGAGGGGAUAUGAGAACGCAGUAGCCAGUGCUGCGAAUCAUCGACCGUAUGACCCUGGCACCACAUCCGCUUAUGAAAGAUAUGAUACACAAAGUUGCGCACCGAUUCAGUCACAGCAGCAGCAACAGCAACAACAACAACAACAGCAGCAACAACAGCAGCAACAGUUGCAUUCCAGGACGAAUAUGUAUUAUCUGGGACAGACUGGAAUGACGCCUGAGGAGCAAGAAAGGGUGUAUCAUCAGGAAGCUGCGGCUGCAGCACAGCAACAUCAGAUGGCGAUGGCUGCUGCUACGGCUGCUGGGAUGAUGAAGACCGAAGAUGUGAAAUGUGUCACAGUGGCGCAAGUUCAGCAAAUGCAGAAACCUGGUGGCCCCCCAACCUCCCCAGGUGGUUCGGUAAUGGAUUUGUCAACCUCCAGCGUCACUUCGACGAGUCCACAGGCUCCACCGUAUGGUUCCAACAGUCUCAGCCCUCAAUAUGGCGGUGGCCAAACAGUAGGUGGUAGUCCCCAGGCUGCAGCGAGCCCACACUUGACUGCAAGUCCUCAGGUUCCCAGUCCUCAAGGACAAACCCUUGAUCUCAGUGUCAACAGGCUUCAUAGCGGCGCGCCAAGUCCCCAAUAUCCAACCGGCCACGGAGAAGCUGUGGCGGUUCCCCCUGGUUUCCCAGCACCCAGACCAAUCGAGGAGCAAACCGAGCCCGUGGACUUCUCGACGGCAAACGAGCCGGUCAAUUUCAGUGGGGGUCCUGGAAUCAGGCCUGUGCCAGGCUUCCCGCCACCCGGUGUGCACGUCACGGCGUACAGUCGGGAAAGCACCCCAGACAGCGGGGGUUCCCACUACAUGGACGCUUACCGCGAUCCCACUGGUUAUGGACCGAUGAGCCCGCACCCCGGAUACGGAAUGACAGGCGUUCAACCGGAAUACCCUGGGAACACGUAUACCCCUUACCCCACCGCAGGCUACAAUUGUGGUGGAACUUAUCCUGGAGGUCCCGUAACUUCCGGUUACCAAAUCCCAGCUGGCUACACGCCGACACCUUGCUAUAGUAUGCCACCUCCGCAGCACACAGUCGGACCUCUCGAUAAACCUACGGGUAAAGACGAUAGUAUGAAUAUGAGGCGGCACUCGUUGAAUUUCGUGCCUCGGCCCGCCCCUCGUGGUCGCGAUGGCAAGGAGCUGAUACAGUGCCCCACGUCGUCCUGUGAUGGCAUGGGUCAUGUCUCGGGAAACUACGCUACCCACAGAAGCUUGUCUGGUUGUCCGCGAGCCGAUCGUUCCCAGAUCCAAGCACAUUCUCAAGAGCUCAAAUGUCCCACACCAGGAUGCGACGGUUCGGGACACGUAACCGGCAACUAUUCAUCUCACAGAAGUUUGUCCGGUUGUCCAAGGGCUAACAAACCGAAAAGCAAGCCCCGAGAUGGACAGGAUUCGGAACCACUAAGAUGUCCCAUCCCCGGUUGCGACGGCUCUGGCCAUGCCACUGGCAAAUUCUUGUCGCAUCGCAGCGCAUCGGGCUGCCCCAUUGCAAACAGGAACAAGAUGCGUGUAUUAGAAUCGGGAGGUACGGUGGAGCAGCACAAAGCAGCGGUGGCCGCGGCGACAGCGAUGAAGUUUGAGGGUGUGAACUGUCCCACGCCGGGCUGUGACGGAAUCGGUCAUAUAAACGGAUCGUUCUCUACUCACAGAUCUCUAUCCGGUUGUCCGAUAGCCGGUCACGCGGUAAAGAAGCCAAAGUUCGAAGACAUGUCGACCAUGUACAGCAAAGGAAUCACCGGAGUGGACACCAGUGGUCCGGCUCACGGGGGUGCGGUGGGUACGGGUCAGGGUAACACGAGUGGUAGCGGUACCGCCAGUGGCCAGAGCGAGGAUCUCUACACACUGGAAGCCGAGAUCACAGAGCUCCAGAGAGAAAACGCUCGGGUCGAAUCGCAGGUGUUGCGCUUGCGCUCCGAUAUCACCGCCAUGGAGAACCAACUGAAGCAAGGUGAAAAGGAAACAACGGCGAUUACUCAGCGAAGCAACAACCUGACCGAGUACUAUCAAUCGCUACGCGAUAACAUGAUAACGUUGUUGGAGCACGUGCGAAUACCGAACGCCCCGGGCGGACCGCAGGAGAAGAUGGGCCACGAAAACUUCGACAGUUACCUGACGAAGCUGCAGACAUUGUGCACCGCUGAUGGUUAUUGCGCGGACGAGGCAAACAGGCCGAUAUACGAAACGGUGAAGACCGCGCUGCAGGAUUUCACGGUCCUACCGACACCCAUCUGAGACCAUCCUUAAAGCUCGACGAUCGGAUACAACGUGACACGAACGCGUUUCAUGCGGUAACUUCGUUCUCGUUGUGAUGAUAAGAAAAAAAAUGCGAUCAUAACAGAGACACAGGAGUUCGCGUGGUUUACCACAACGGAAAGACUAUUCUGUGCAAUGAAAAUCGUGUGUCGGUAAACGAGCAACGAGAAAGACUUUCUUGAUCGUAUAAUAAAUUGUGUUAUGACUCUCCAUACUGAGAAUGAGAAAUCGAGAAGACUUUUUACCAAUUAUCGGGUGAUUUGCUCGUGUACCAAAGGAAAACGGUGCUUUCGACUGUCGACUUAAAGACGGUAAAUGUUCGACACAAGCCGAUGACGACUGUAUAGACUUGAGAGUAGUAAAUGUUACAAAGAAAAACGGUAUCUAAGGUAUCAUCUGAUAACCACUCAGUGUGAUCCCGCAGAACCGUACGGACUGACGUUGCUCAUAGCGAUAUCUUUUGUAUAUAAUGAAAUUGUAGAACAUAAGAAUAACGUAAGGCCGAGGACCGUGAGGACUCGUAGGCAUCGUGAUUGUAAAUAGGCAGCAGAGAAAGCAUUUAUAUAUAUAUAUAUACAUAUAUAUAUAUAUACAUAUACAUAUUAUUCAAAGGAAACGUUAAUGUCGUUAUCACUCUUAAGUCAUGUAAAGAUAAAGAUGAAGUUGGUGGAAGACACAAGGAGCACACGCGCGAAAAACAUAAAUGAUUAGCUUAAAUGUAUAUCGAACAAACGUAUUGCUCUUACCAGUGCAUAACUGUUACUACCCGUUAAGCCAUUAAACGUUUAAAAAGUAAACGAGAAUGUGGAACCGCUAUCGAUGCUGCUUCUGCUAAAAUGGAAAAAUGGAAAAAAAAAAGAAAAGAACCGACAGCUACUUAUAAAUUACUACUGCGUACUUACCGCUAGAUAUUAUUAUUACUACUAUCGUCACUGUUACAACCACCGAGAUUGUUUCUAGGACUAACCCAAUCAUUAUUAUUAUUGCUACCACUACUCUUACUACCGUCUGAUAUAGGAUAUUAGCGAUGAGUAUACCGACGCAUUUAUAUUAUCAACGAGUCUACGAAACGGCGAAACACUUUGUCCAUAGUGUGUACAUAGUCGACAGAAAGAGAUUACGAAUAUUAUAAUGAGAGUUCGGCGAGUAGUGCUGAUCCACUUGGCUAAUUGUGCGUGAGAUGAUCGAUGAGAGAAGAUUCUGCGCGUGAAACCUCGAUCUUGUAAUAACGGUGCAUGUACACACAGCCUGGUCGUUAAUUGUCAAGAUGUCAAUCGCAAACACGGUGUACUUAUCAAAUUUCCAGGCGUUUAAGGGCGCGUCGAGGAUCGACGAGCUCCAUGAAAAGCGAGGACGAUCCUUGAUCCUCGUGCUCGUCGUGAAUCGUCGACCAAUCGGGUCGGGACGAAGGAUACUCGUUCUUUUGUGCAAUAGUUUCGAAACGUUCUGUGUUUGUUCCUUUCGUUGGAGAAAUUUAUUAGGAUAAACAGAUACGCGUACAUAGUACCGUCGCGUCUAUGUGAAUUGUUAUUAUUUUUGUUGAUACAUUUACGUCUCUCUACGUUGUAAGUUGGCGUUUUUAAUGGAUCGCAAAGCACGCGAGGAACCAAACGUGUAAAUAUCGAUACGUUCCUGCGCGUAUCGCGAUACGACGAAUAUCUUCUGCCUCUUGGGUGCUUAACGGUCGAAGGCUCGAUGAAGAAAAGCAAAUCUCUGACAAUACACGUCGUCGAACCGGCAAACGAAGCGUUUCUGGUUUAUUUCUCUGGCAUCGAUACGUAUACGAGACGAACGAGGAAAAAAGUCGAUGGCGACGUUCGCGUAAAAUUAUCUUUGACGUUUACCAAGUAACACAUUGUAUUACACGAGUACUAGUUUAAAACAAAGGAUAGAAAGAGACGCGAGAUAACCGAGAUAGGCGAAGAUAUUUUCCGUGCAGCGCUUAUUACUUUACAGACUGAAAUAAUUUCGUCACAGUAGAACGAGACAGUGUACAUAAAAGUAAGAGAGAGGGGAGAAUCUGGGAAGUAGAGUGUAGGAGAAUCAAUUAUUCGUCUAUUUCGUGGACAGAUGGGAUGAAAGAUACCGUGAGAAGAGGUAUAUACUUUAACCAAACACCGUGUAGUGAGAGUAAUAAUAAAUUAAAAAAUAUAGCGAUAGUCGGCCGACGAUUACGAUUAAUCUUCGACGUUAUCAUUAUUCUUGUCAUUGUCAUUAUUAUUACGAUUAUAAUUACCAUUGUCACUGUGAUUAGAUCUAUUUUUUUGCUCAACACGAACCGCAUACAGGCAGUGGGAAGGCAGACGGGCAACACGUUCACGAUCAGUACGAGCUCGUUCUUCCUGGGAGUUACCAUUUCGACGACAUUAUUGCUAUUAUUACCAUUAUUACCAUUAUUGUCGUUACGUUCUCGUCAUUAUUACGAUUAUUAUUGUUGCCGUUGAUAAAGUUGUACGAAUAUAUAAGUUCAAUGACAUGCUUUAAGUAAGUAUAAAUGUUACUCCGAUUGAAUAAAGGGUAUUUAUCGAUGAA